ACGUGUCUGUGGGCUGGAACUAGCCGUAGUGUUGCUGUUCGUCUGAUUGGCUGGCGGCCUGCGGGGUUCUGUUCCUAAACGCUGCGCAAGGGACUUUGCUGGUUGCGAUAGCGCGGCGCUCACAAGGCUGCGUCACAUCAUGUCUUGCCAGGUGGAAGCGGCGGCCGGAGGCACUGAGGAUCCGGGGAGGCUGGAUGACCCCAGACAGAUAUUGAUGGCUGAAAGCGAUUCCUUAAAACUUGGUGAGAAUAACUCUGACCUGAAUACCAGGUUGUCUAUAUCCGUGACCAAUGGCAAAGAACUGUCCCAGAGCACAAAUAUUGAAGAGACGCUGGUGUCAAACUUCUUGGUAAAAGAGUCCCGUGAGGAAACUCCAGGAAGAGAAGACACCAGACUGGGCCCACCUGAUGGUCAGCAAGACUCCGGAAGUGAGAAUAAUAAAGAAAAAACAUUGGGUAAAGAAGUGCUGCUUUUGAUGGAGGCUUUGAACACACUAAGGACUCCAGAAGAAAAGUUGGCAGCACUGUGCAAGAAAUAUGCAGAUCUUUUGGAAGAGAGCCGUAACUUCCAGAAACAGAUGAAGGUUUUGCAAAAGAAGCAGACGCAAGUGGUGAAAGAGAAGGUGCACUUACAGAGCGAGCACAGCAAAGCUAUCCUGGCACGUAGCAAGCUUGAGUCGCUCUGCCGAGAGCUCCAGAGACACAACAAAACUUUAAAGGAAGACAAUCUGCACCAGGCACGUGAAUAUGAGGAAGAGCGUAAAGAAGCCACUGCACAUUUCCAGAUGACGCUGAAUGAAAUCCAAGCACAGAUGGAGCAACAUGAUGUCUACAAUGCGAAGCUCCGUCAGGAAAAUAUCGAACUCGGGGAUAAGUUAAAAAAACUUAUUGAGCAGUAUGCGCUUCGAGAGGAGCACAUUGACAAAGUUUUCAAGCAUAAGGAGCUACAACAACAACUAAUCGAUGCAAAACUUCAGCAGACCACAGAGCUUAUGAAGGAAGCAGAGGAGCGACAUCAGCGGGAAAGAGAGUUUUUGCUGAAUGAGGCCACAGAAACCAGACUGAAAUUUGAGGAACUAAAGCAACAAGAAAGCCAGCUGAAACAGCAGCUGUCUCUUUAUAUGGAUAAGUUUGAGGAAUUUCAGACCACAAUGGCAAAAAGCAAUGAGCUUUUUACAACUUUUCGGCAAGAAAUGGAAAAGAUGACCAAGAAAAUAAAGAAGCUGGAAAAAGAAACGGUUGUCUGGCGUACUAAGUGGGAAAAUAAUAAUAAAGCUUUAUUACAGAUGGCUGAAGAGAAAACCAUUAGGGAUAAGGAACAUAAAGGGAUGCAGGUGAAGUUGGAGCGGUUGGAGAAACUUUGCAGGGCCCUCCAAAGUGAACGCAAUGAGCUCAACAAGAAAGUUGAGGUCCUUCAAGAUCAGGUUUCUGUUCUCGAUGACGAAGAUGUUGAUGCAGCAAAUGAAAAUUCGUUAGCGACAAAUACAGUUGAAUCUUCGGAAGAGAUGAAUGUAAUCCGAAAUGGAAAAGAAUCUGGAAUCCAGCCCAUUACUGAUCUGCAGUUAUCAGAGGGACAGAUUCUUGUACAAAAGACUCUCUCAACAGGGCCACCUUCUAGCAUUGAUUCAGUUGACUAAAAUAAGGCAUUUAAAAAAAGUUACACAAACAUAUGUAUAUAAAAAAAUAUGCAUAUAUAUUUUGUGUAUAAGUUUGGUGAUAAUUUUUGUUUUGUGGUGACAAAUUUCUUACUUUUUCUACCAUAUAUGUAUUUUCCUAGGACUACUGGAGUACAUGUAGUGCAUAAAUCUUCCUGGCAGCUUCUCAGUCUAAUAGAUGUGGUCACAUCCCAGAUUAACAAAGGUCUCCGUUUCCUUGUCCAUACUCUAAUAAUGGGGGAAUGCAUGUUCCUAGUGUUGAAUAACAUUUCUAUAUAGGUGACAACCUGAAUAAUACAUUCUGAAGCAGGGUAGCAGUGGCAGUAGGACAUGUUGCCUCUUUCCAUUUAUCAUUUAUUUCAAUAUUAUUUUUAAAUCAAAAUCAGGGCCUCAAAUAAUACAACUGUUCUUAGUGGUAUUUUAUUUGGAUUUUACAUACACCUGUCCAAUCUGGCUGGUUGGAAUGAAAAUCUGGUAAUAGAUAAGAGCAAAUGACAAUUACCAAAUACUGGAAAACAGCCAAAAAUGGUCAAUCGGAUAAAUUGGUUACAUUUUUUUGAUUUAACCAAUUUGUCUGAAUGACCUUUUUGUCAGUUUUACGGCAUUAAGAAGCAAAUGGUAAUUGUCAUUUGCUCUCAUCUAUUACCAGAUUUUUAUUCCAACCAGCCAGAUUGGACAGAUAAAUCUUUUGGUGUAUGGCCAGCUUUACACCCCAGAUAAUGUCUUGUGCUGUUGCAAUAUGAAUUAAUGCAGCUUUUCAUGCAAAUGCUCAUGGAACUGGUGAUGUUCUAAUUCUCUCGUCCCUUCAAUAUCCAUAGAAAUGUCGUUUCCCAAGAUAUGCUGGUCUUCUUGCUGGCGCUUAUGCAGCUUGUACACCAAGUUUCCAUUGUCACUUUACUGUUAUUUAAUGAGUGGACUUUUGUAGUUCUAGCAUUAUUUUACAAAGUCAAACAAUUUUGAUAACAGGAUACACACAUUAUUCGCUUAUGAUUUAUGUAAACCCAACAUCUUUAUUAAAUUAAAAUGAAAGCUCAGCCGUACGCUCUAUUACAACAGUACCCUGAGUGGUCAAUGGUAGAAUAUUUCGGUCCUUUUUUUUUUUUUUUUUUUUUUUUUUUUAUAAAUAAAGUGGGGCUCAUGUAUAAUUGGAUGCAGAUGCAUCCUGCAUCUCCAGCCUUCCCCAAAAUUUGCACUUUUUCCAACUUGCGAUGCAGGCUUAUCUACUGUUCUGGCCAUGCUGCCGGAAUCUUGUGUAUACAGCUUGCUCUGCAGGCCUAGCACAAUGCACCUUUUUCUAGUGGCACAUUUUGCAUUUUGCAAUUUAGAUGCUUUGGUUAAAUCACUGCAACGCUGGUAACGGACCUGAGCCUCACUGCUGUUAUUAAGCAUCAUGCUCUGUGCACACAGCAGGGUUAUAGUGUGUGUAUCGCCACAAUCAUUACACACACACUGUGAUAUUCAUGUGGGUGUGAUAUGGCUGACCGCUGGUCAGCAUACCGACGUGGGAAGGGGAGAGUGUAGCAAAGCCCCUUGCGGUCUCCACGGGUUCUAUUCCCACUGUAUGGGUGUGGUGACCCCGACCGCAGUUCACAUGAGUACCACCCAUCCAUACAUCCUCUCUGCCUUGACAGACUAUAUUUUGAAAAGACACCAUUCCUGCUUUUUGGGUUCACAGAAGCUCCUAUAAAAGGUAAUAGGGUCUUAAUCACACAAAAUAGACACAUCUCCUGCAUCAUUAUUCACUUUAUGAAGGAUAUGCUUUUAAAGAAGGGAUUAUUCAUUAACACUCCAGUUAUUCCUCAUCACUACUGAGUCAUUCUAACAAAUUGGGAGCACAUGAUCAUUUGGGGAGUAGGCUGAACAUCAAGAUAACAUGGCUUCUGGUCACUCUGUGGUCAGGCUCAUUUGGGGCAGUUUGAUCUAAAAGAUCUGAUAGUCUACCAGAGCCAAAUGUAAUUGUAUAUUCAGCUACAUUUUACAACUUCUUGAUUAGACUAAUGUUUACGGUGUAAUCUGCCAGUCAUCAAAGGAUUAUUCUUUUUAAUUGCUUAGUAUCCUCAAGUAAAUUAUAUAUGCUGGCCCCAGAUAAGCAAUUGUUAAAAUAUACUGACCAUGCAUUAUGGGCUUCUAAUAAUGAUAAAAGGGGGGAAAGAUUUCCACCCAGUUAUUACAAACCCCAAAUACUAAAUAACAGAAUAGCAGCCAGUGUGCCACUUCUUUCUAAUAAUCAGUUUACGUAUUGCAAUACAAUGUUGUUUGCAUACAUAGAAGCAAAAAAUAAAAAAAAGAUUGCCUGGGGUGGGAUGUGGGGAAACUUGUUAGAAACUAAAGGGUAAUUCCAUUUAGCUGAAGUAUGUACUUACCUGAGGUGCAGCAGUAAUCUCUAAUCCACCAAGAUCUGAAUGGGUGAAGAAGAGCAUGUGAUUUCAGCUGCCAGGUCAGAUUAUGUGGUUUUAAUUAUAGAGCUGUAUAAUCAGAAGGGUUUUAUUAGAACUAAGCAGUUUCUAACGGAAUACAGAAGCCCGUACUCUUGAAUUACACCUGUGUUGCUUUAGCACUGAGCCGGGUUUAGUAUGAAAUAACCUACAAUCAAAAUACCGACAUUUAAAAUGUCGACACAAGGGUUCCAAUUUUUUUGUUGUGCGUGUCAACAUAGGUUGUCAUGGACACCGUAUACUGUAAGUGUACAGAGUUCCCUCGCUGCGCUCGGCACACUAUAUUCCCCCUCCAGGUCCACUGGGAUGGUCAAGUAUGAACAAGUCGGUUUCAAUGGAAAAAUCAUGAAAAACUCAUGUCGAAUUUUUGACCUGUCAACAUUUUAAAUGUCUGUAUUUUGACCACGUUGGUAUUUUGACAGUCGGGAUUUUGAUUGUAGGUAAAUUGACCGCAUCCCCACUGAGCCAUGAUGUAUCUCUGUAGACCUGGGUACAGACUACUGUUCUAUUCAGUGUUUGCACACCCAGUAAUGUCUAAUAAAUGCCAGGUUGGUGCUUUAUGGGAAAACCACACAGGCAGGAAUUAUGUGAAUUUUAACCAAAAUAUCUUUUCACAAAUAAUGUCAUCAUACAAUCGUAUCUACAUAUCUAGAACAAUCUAAGAAAACCAUAUAUGAGCAUAUGCAGAACAUAGAUUGUGGUGUGAUUUGCUCACAUAGUAAUUUUUAUUGUAUAAACAUGUUGUUUAAUGUUAAAAUAAUAGCAUGGACCUGAUGCAAGUCCUCUUAAGCUGCGGUAUAUAUAUGAGCCAUGGGGGUCAUUCCGAGUUGAUCGCUUGCUAGCAGUUUUUAGCAGCCGUGCAAACGCAUAUUCGCAGCCCACAGGGAGUGUAUUUUUGCUUUGCAGGAGUGCGAGCGUCUGUGCAGCAGAGCGCCUGCAAAAACAUUUUGUGCAAAACAAGACCAGCCCUGUACUUACUUAUCCUGUGCGAUGAUUGCUGCGACGAGUGACACGGUAAUGACGUCCGAUACCCGCCCAGCAAACGCCUGGCCACGCUUGCGUUUUUCCAAACACUCUAAGAAAACGGUCAGUUGACACCCAAUCUCCUUGCAUUCGGCUGUGCGAUUGGAAUAGUCAAUAGAACCAGUGCAAAACCACAAUGGACUUCGUACCCGUACGACGCGUGUGUGCAUUGCGGUGCAUGCGCAGAUUAGCCGUUUUUUUUCACUGAUCGCUAUGCAGCGAACAACGGCAGCUAGAGAUCAACUCGGAAUGACCCCCCCAUAUGUGAACCAUCAGAAGCAGUUUGUGCCAUUGGGUCUGAUAAGAACACUGCAACUAUAUCUUACUGCAUAGUGGGUCUGAGUUUGGAGCAAAGCAUAAACAAAGCCAGUAUCUGGACACCUUGGUAAAUCCAUGCUGCACUGCAGGUGGGUCAGAUGUAACAUGCAGAGAUUUAAGGGCCCCAUACACUUAUGUGACAUGUCCAACCGUAAUGUUGCAGGCGAUCACCCCGGCAGCCUCCCGGGCGGCAGGAUCGCCCAAGAUGCAUCAUAUGCUGUCCUUUUGCAUACAAUAUAUCUUGUGAGAUCCCAGCCAUUCCUGCGGGGUCCGACCGACAUGAUCGCUAGUGCAGCACAUUCAAUCUGGAGAAUCCGAUCCGAGUCUCACUGGAACGUGCAUCGGAUCGGAAACCCCUCCAAAAUGCCUGAUUUCAUCCGAUAUAUUUGGCCGAAUGCCCGAAAUCGGAUGAAAUCGGGCAUUAUCGUUCUAGUGUAUGGGGCCCUUUAGAUUUAUAAGAGUACAUGUCCAAACUGAAUUCUAAAGUGCAGUGUACAAAUUAAAGCUGUCCUGCAUCUGUGGGCUACAUGCAAAGCUGCCAGUAUUUACCCUGCAUGUAAAAGGAAUAAAUGUAUUUGCUACCCUUGCAUUGCAGCAUGGUUUAUUCCAGAUAGUUACUUUUUUGCGUUGCUCUCAACCCAGAAUCAGCCCUAGUGAUAUCACGAGUGGGGUCUGUGUUGGAAGGAGAGAUCUUUGAAGUAUUACUAUCAGCUGUUGCUGUACAAAAUACAUUGUGGCUUCCCCUACUGAUGUCUUCUCACAGACUAUUACAUUCUUGUAAUAAUCUGAAAAAAAUAAUGCAGUGUUUCAUAUGGAAUCAUUCUUCCAAUGAUUUGUGCGGAAAGAGGCAGCGUGGUAUUUCAAGUUCUAGUUUAGCACACUAUGAAACUCAGGUCUAAAUUUCUGCGGUACUGAUUAACAGGUUUGUGGGGGGUAAAGCGGGGUACACACUGCAUCGAUGUUGAGCUGAUUCUGUUUCAUAACGACAUCGCCUACAUCACUCAGUGUGUAGGGGUGAUUUACAUGCACAGUGGUCACUAGGUUUGAUGUACUGCACAUCAAGUGCUAUCACUAGCAACCUUGUUAAUGAAGGACGGAACAUGAUCAUUCUGUCCUUCAUUAAACUUGUUCUAAUGUGUUUCCCAUCAUUGGUUACACACACAGCUGUCUGCUUGAGGAGAUGCCCCUGCAAUGAUGAUAUAUCUAUAGACAAACUUUUAAUAAAGGGCACAUCUGGCAUACUUAUUAUUUUCUGCCAAAUAAAUACAUAUUUUUUUAUAUGAACAAAUAUAUAACAUUUUAUUGGCAACCAUUUUACAUGUUUGUUGUUAUUCUUUCUGGCAUUUAUAUUUGUAAGGAAGGCUUACUAUCAAAUUAUUGUUUGGUAUUACUGGAUCUUGGAACUGUCUGUUAAAAGUGGUGGAAAAUAGGUAACCUGCAGAGUAGGUUCUAUAGAACCUCAACCUAUAUCUAAUGAUAUUUGUGACCUAGAAGUUGUAAUGCAUGUUAAUCCUUCUCACUACUGAUGCACAGGGCACUGAUUCCUAAGUUCCAUGAUGAAAAUGUCAGAUAUCUGGUUUAGUGACAGACAUAAAUAGCUGUGGCAGAGACACUUGUACAUACUUGACGAUGCAGCUGAAAGCUUGCCCAGCAUUGUUAAUAACAAGUGGCUGUUUUUCUACUGCUUAUUAUCAAUUUGUAAUGUAAACAAUCCUAAAAAAACUAAAUGCUGCCAUAGCUUUUGGGGGAGUUUUGUGGUACCUCUAACUUGCUUAACAAGGUUUGCUCUAUACAGAGGAAUAUGUAUAUGUAUGCAAUCUCUUGAUCCUUUCUAUAGUAUUCAAAGUCAAUUAUAGCCCUUUCAGACUACCAGCUAUGAACACAGGUUAUUGGCACAUGAACGCGCAUAACCCGUGUUCGUGUGCGGUCUGAAAAGUGCCAGAGUUGAGCGACCUAGUGUUCCAACUCUGGUAGUGAGCAGGUUGAACAUGUGUUCAACCCUGCUCGCUAUGUGUGCAGUGUGAACGGGAGCCGGGUCGAUGCGACCCGUUUCCUGUUCACUGUAGCGUUCAGCGGCGGCGAGGCGCACCUCGGGAGCUCCCGAGUGCGACCCGCCUCAAGCGGUCUGAAAGUGGUAUUACUGUGUUGGGCAUUUCAACAUAGACAGGUUUUGCUUCUGUUUGUGCACAUAUGUUAUCACAGCCGCCAGCACUGGUUUUGCCUAUUACAUUGGCCAUACAUAAUUUGAAUUUGUCCUGGACCACCAAUCCAAGGACUCCUGGUUUAGUCAUUAUGCAAACUUGUAGUCCAUAUAGAGAAACUAUUUUAAAAAAAAUCCCAAUUGGACCAUCUUAUCAGUGAAUCAUUAAUAUUUGUGAAUCUUGAUGAGGAAUUUUAUGUAAAAAUACACUGAGAAUUACAAUCUACAUAGUCUUUCCAAUCACCAUACAUGCGCUGCUUCAUGGCACAUGUGUGUGUUUCCUCUCUUCUAUUCCUGACCUGUGUUGCAUCUAGUUGGAACAUUCCAUUUGCUCAGGUGUUCUUGAGAAAAUCUACCUCUUCAGUCUUUGUAGCAAAAUAACUGUGAAAUUCUAUAAUUUUGUUUCUGUUAAUAGACUGCUUUAUUUUUACAACCCAUGUUUUGUUACCUGGAUUUAAAUAGGAAAAUGGGCAUUUGAGUGGUUAAUUUUGCUUACUGGGACAUAAUUAGAGCUUUUUCUCAAAUGUAAAGCUGUCAUAUUUUUCAUUCUUGUAUAGAUUAAGUAAAUAUGUAUGCUCAUUGAGAA